AUGGAACAAAAUGAUUUAAGUUCUGAUGAUGAGGGAGAAGAUACAAGCGAGCUAAGUGCAAAUGAAGAUGAGAAAGAUGAGGAAGAUGAGCUUGAUGAUGCUGCAAAUGAUGGGGGCACAAUAAAGAAAAAAAUUUAUGGAAAGACUAUGUGCAAAAAGCUUCAUGCCACUUAUUUUAAUGAUCGACGGGAGGUGGAAUUUUUUGGAGAGCAGCCUAUAGGUCCAACCAAGGAGGUCGUAUCUAACCUCAACCAAAUUUUGGGCACAACAGUUAGAAAUCCUCGUUUUGUGACUUUGCUAUAUACUAGUUGGCAUGGUGUGCCUAAAAACCUCAAAGAGGACAUGUGGGAGUAUGCCAAUCAAAAAUUCAUUCUUCCAAUAACUUCAAAGCCGUGGGUAAUGAAGGGAUUUUGUCGUGCAUGGAAAAAAUACAAAGGCGAAAUAAAAAAGGAACAUUUCUUGAAGUACAACACAAAGAAAGAAAUGAUAAAGAAUCGACCGUUAGAGAUCCUUGAGGUUCAAUUUUGCAAACUAAUUCGGUAUUGGAGUCUUCCGACUGUCAAGGAUGUGUCUACUAAAAAUGCUGAAAAUAGGUCAAAGCAAACAUGUCCUCACCCGAUGGGUUCCACAAAUUUUGGAAUAGUGCGCAAGCAGCUGGUAAUAUAA